AUGAGCACUGCAGUAAAAAAGAAACGUCGGAAUCGCUCUAUUUCUUCUGAAGAUCGUGGAAAAAGAAAAAAGUCUCCAAACAUUUCUGGUGAUAAGUUGGAGAAGGACGAAAUUACAGAGGAUAAUCACCAGAUCGGGGAGGAUGAUGUUAAAAAAGAACCCACCCUCAGAGAACUGGAGAUUGCAAGACUUAUAAAAGAGGAAGAGCAAAAAGGAGGAGAUGCUGAUGUGGAUGAUGAACCUGUUUGGUCACUGAAAAGAGCACAAAUUGAGAAGCCAAGUAGGCAGUGUCCUUACUUGGAUACUAUCGAUAGGGGCGCAUUGGACUUCGACUUUGAAAAACUCUGCUCUGUAUCCCUGUCGCAUGUUAACGUCUACGCUUGCAUGAUUUGCGGGAAGUAUUUUCAGGGUAGAGGGACAAAUACUCAUGCUUAUACGCAUUCGCUUGAUACAGAUCAUCGUGUGUUCCUGAAUUUGAGCACGCUAAAGUUUUAUUGCUUGCCUGAUAACUACGAGAUUAUUGAUCCUUCAUUAGAUGAUAUCAAGUAUGUUUUGAAACCAACCUACACGAAAAACUAUAUUAAUAGCCUUGAUCAGAUCACCAAGAUGUCUCGUGCUUUUGAUGGAACUCCGUAUUAUCCGGGAGUUGUGGGGCUAAAUAAUAUCAAGGCAAAUGAUUACGAAAAUGUCGUUCUUCAUGCACUUUCGCACGUUCCGCCAUUAAGAAACUAUUUCUUGCAAGAAGAAAAUUACGCCAUGAUAAAGCGCCCACCAGGUGAUAAAUUGGCACUUUUGCCCAUGCGGUUUGGAGAACUAAUACGUAAGCUGUGGAAUCCUAAAGCGUUCAAAGCCCACGUGUCACCUCAUGAAAUGCUACAAGCCACUGUAAUAUGCAGCAAUAAAAAAUUUCAAAUUACUAAGCAAGGAAAUGCGGCGGAAUUCCUCAAUUUUUUAUUGAACACUUUGCAUAUCGCCCUAAAUGGUACUGGCAAAACAUCCUCUUCCAUUGUAUAUAAGAUUUUUCGGGGACGGAUGAGAGAAUACACCAGAAAGGUGAUACCUGUUGAAACUACCGAAGAAGCUCGAAAAACCCUACUUGAGUCGGAAGAAUUCAAAGAAAAGAUGAAAGAAAUUCCGUUCUUGUAUUUGACGUUAAAUCUUCCUGCAGCGCCGCUGUAUAGAGAUGAACUAAUGCAAAAUAUAAUACCUCAAGUGCCAUUAAAUGUGUUACUUACAAAAUUCAAUGGAGUAACUGAAAAGGAGUACAAGACAUACAAUGAAAAUUUUAUGAAGCGGUUUGAACUUAUACGACUACCUCAGUACCUUAUUAUAACAUAUGAAAGGUUUCACAAGAAUCAGUGGUUUAUUGAGAAGAACCCGACUAUAGUGAACUUUCCUAUAAGCAAUGUUGACCUAUACGAAUGCUUGGCUCCUGAGUUUCGCGCUGCGCAUAAAUACACGACCUAUGACCUUGUGUCAAACAUUGUUCAUGACGGCAAACCGGAAUCAGGCUCGUACAGAGUCCAACUUAUACAUAAUGGGACACAAAAGUGGUAUGAGCUAGAAGACUUACACGUGAAAGAAAUUUUGCCUCAGAUGAUAACAUUAGCAGAGUCCUACAUUCAGAUUUGGCGGCUAAACAUAACCAAGACGAGGGAGCAGAGAACUGGGGAAACGGAAGGUGAUGAGGACACCCGAACAACUACUGAGAUGCACGAGUAG